GUCAAUUUGGUCCUCGUGCUGAUCGGAGGUUAUCUGUAGAGAUUUUGCAAGUUGCCGGUGAUUUGCGGCUAAUAAUUGAAGCUGUACGAUAAUCUGGUGUGACUGCAGAUUAUUUGUGUAACUCAAGAGCUACGGCAGCAUUUCAACUAGUAUCAUCACAGUAAAAUGGCCACCAAGCGUCUAUUGCCCCUUUUGGACCGUGUGCUGAUUCAGCGUGCGGAAGCGCUUACCAAAACGAAGGGUGGAAUCGUCAUCCCGGAGAAAGCCCAGUCGAAGGUGCUCGAGGGAACAGUGGUGGCCGUUGGACCCGGUGCCCGCAAUACCCAGACCGGUGAACAUGUGCCAUUGGGGGUGAAGGUUGGCGAGAAGGUUCUGCUGCCAGAGUACGGUGGCACCAAGGUGGAGCUGGGUGACAGCAAAGAGUACCACCUCUUCCGGGAAGCGGAUAUUCUGGCGAAGGUCGAAUAAGAUUCGGCUGGGACCACCGUCUCGGUGUGUGUGCUGCAGGACAAACCGCAUCUCCCACAUGCUUGCGCGCGCUUACAAGGAGUAAAGAGGAAAAACAACAGACCCAGUGACUAAUCGAGAUUGUCCGUUAAUGCUCGUGCGCGUUAAGCGUGCGAUGCAAAGCGGCCUUCAACCAAAAAGGACGAGGAUGGAGAGGAAAUCUACCGGUUGUUAAGACAAAAGUUCAAGAUGUUCGAUCGUUCGUUAUGACCUAGCAACAGGUGAUGGCAAAGUUGAGGUCUCUGAGAUGUUUCCCCGAUCGGAUCGUGUCAUGGACCACCAAAGACAUCGAAAAUUUCUUUGCUGCUCCUGCUACACGAUCCGAUCCUGAUGGACCAUCCACCACUUUCCCGUUCGUUCGAAUGCUUCCUUUGGUUUUCAAGUUCAAUUUGCUAGGACACUUGUUGACUAAACGCUGCAGGCGUGGAACGGUGAAAUGACGGGGAAAACGUCGAGUUAGGGAUGAGUGAAACGUGUAUGAUUUCUACAACCCUUAAUAAAGUAGAGGACUAUUCGAAUACCGUA